CACGUCCCUCCUGGGAAACAAUCCUGGCCUCGGCGCUGCGGGAGCGGCGGGAUCCCAGUUCUGAAUUUGAUACUCGCUCAUGUGUUUUGUGUCUCCUGAAACCAUGGAAGACUGUGCGCCCGCCGAGAGUCUGGGACAAGUUUAAGGAGAGAGAGCUCUCCCUCUACCCAGAGCGGAAAAUGAACAAACCCCAGGAGCAAGUGUCAUUCAAGGAUGUGUGUGUGGAUUUCACCAAGGAAGAGUGGUAUUUGCUGGACCCUGCUCAGAAAGUGCUUUACAGGGAUGUGAUCCUGGAGAACUAUAGCAACUUUGUCUCAGUAGGGUAUUGUGUUGCUAAGCCAGAAGUGAUCUUCAAGAUAGAGCAAGGAGAAGAUCCCUGGAUACCAGAAAAUGGAUUCCAAUGCAAUCCAGAAAGGAAAUGGAAAGUAGAUGACCUAUUAGAGCACAACCAGGAAAAUAAAGAUGAACAUUUUUGGCCACUCGUGUUCACCAACAAGACUGUACAUCUACAGAGUGGCGGAAACACAAGGAAAACUGCCAGUCUAGACAUGGACCCUGUUUCUUCAAGAAGUUUUCUGCUCAAAAUAUGUGACUCCUGUGAAAUGAAUUUGAAGAAUAUCUCAAGUAUAAUUAUCAGUAAAAAGAACUAUUCCAGAAAGAAGCUUAAUGAGUUUAAUAUGUGUGAGAGGCCAAUCUCUGAUAGCAGGCACGAGAAAAUUCCUGUGGGAGCAAAAUCAUACAGAUAUGAUGAGAAAAGAGAUGUCCUCAGCCUUUGCCAGGAUCUCCCUCAGCCCAUUUCUGAUCAGCCUUUUGAGUGCAACGGAAAUGGACAAGGCUUCCAUGGGGAAGAGGCCCUUUGUAGAAAUCAGAACUCCCAGCUCGGGGAGACUCUCUAUAAGCACACUGACUGUGGAAGGACUUUCACUGACAGUUUGAAGCUCAGUGUGUCUCAGAAAACUCAUGUGCACAUGGACCCACAGGAGUGCAGUGUUUGUAGGAAGUCCUUUUACGUGGACUUGCAGUUUGGACAUCAGAGAGUUCUCUCAGGAAACGAUCCUUAUGAGCGCAGUGAGUAUGAGAAAAUCUUCUGUGACCAUUCAGCUUUCGUUGCUCAUCAGGAAGCUUACAGGAGAAAGAUUGCCCAAGAGUAUAAAGUGAGUAACAAAACCUGGGGAAAGCCGGCUCUCUUUAAACAUCAGAUAAUACAGAUUGGGGGGAAACCCUAUGAAUACAUUGAAAACGGGAAAAAUUUUAGCAAAAAGUCACAUCCCACCCAGUCCCGGAGAGCCCACUUGGGAGAAAAAACCUUUGAGUGUGGCGAGUGUGGUAAAAUGUUUUGGGAGAAAUCAAACCUUACCCAACAUCAGCGAACACACACAGGAGAAAAACCGUACGAGUGCAGGGAGUGCGGGAAAGCCUUUUGCCAGAAACCACACCUCACCAACCAUCAGCGAACACACACGGGAGAAAAGCCCUAUGAAUGCAAGCAGUGUGGGAAAACGUUCUGUGUCAAGUCGAACCUUACCGAACAUCAGCGAACACACACGGGGGAGAAGCCCUACGAGUGUAACGCCUGUAGAAAAUCCUUCUGCCAUAGGUCAGCCCUAACUGUCCAUCAGAGAACGCACACGGGGGAGAAGCCAUUUAUAUGCAGUGAAUGUGGGAAGUCAUUUUGUGUGAAGUCAAACCUGAUUGUGCAUCAAAGAACUCACACCGGGGAGAAACCCUAUAAAUGUAAUGAGUGUGGGAAAACCUUCUGUGAGAAGUCGGCUCUCACUAAACACCAGAGAACUCACACGGGGGAGAAGCCCUAUCACUGUAACGUGUGUGGGAAGACUUUCAGUCAGAGGUCAGUGCUCACCAAGCAUCAGAGGAUUCACGCCAGGGUGAAAGCUCUUUCCACGUCCUGAAUGUCCAGCCUUCAUAUGCCCGGCAAGUCAGUUGUACAGUUUUAAAAGUGAGCUUAGAGCCUGCCAAAGAAUACCACAGAGUACUAGAAAAUGCCAUUUUGUUGAAAUGCAUGAACGCUUUCAAGAAAGUAAAAACUUUCAUUAGAAAGAUUGUAUUGAAGGGAAAUUAUUCGUAUAAAUAAUACGGUAAAAAAAAAUCUAUAGAUUUCAAUUGUGUAAUGUCUUCCAAAUGUGUUUAUUUAAAGUUUGUAUUUUCAAUAUAUAAAGGGUAAUACUAAUUUCACUGGCAUUCAUAGGAAAAUACGGAACUUAAAAAUGAGCGGCAGUAGCAUUAAACAUGUAUGUAAGAAACACCUGAUGUUUAUAGAUCUUGUGUGAGUAUGUGACAGUAACAGAAAUUUAGGAAGCACUUGUUUUGUGUACUGGAACCCAGUAAAGAUGUGAGGAAGAAAUAUGAACCCUUAGUUUAAUAACAAUUGUUAUAUACUGUUCCUACUAGAUACCACCAGUGUCUUUAGGUUGGUAGGGUUGUGUAUGUUUAUGAACAUAUGUGUGAAUGUGGGUCUAUAUGUAUGUUUUAUGUGAAUAUAUUUGUAUGCAUGUAUCUGUACACAAAUGGUGAUGUCAUAAGGGCAGCUCAUACCAACUUACAAAACUUCAGGAAUUUUGUGAAUCUGUUGUUUAAAACUACGUGAAGUUAACAGUUAAAUUAUCUUGAGAAACGGAAAUAAAUACCACUCGUCAUUCAUAAUAA